UAUGACAGGUAUUCUUUCUACAUUUAAAAAUAUAUACAUUUUAUUUACCUUGAAUGUUAGUUUUUUUAAGUCAGGUCUAAAAAAUGAGAGAUAAUAAAUCACAGAGAUCACUAUCGUCCGCGCGGGGUUUCCCAUCGCACCUGCAUCGACGUCUGCAAUCAAGCACGCGCGCUGAAAGACAUUUUUUUCAUAGAUCUCUGCAAGACCACACAAUCAAAACAAAUCGACCACGCGUGCUUUUCCCGCAGCGAUGACGUCAAGUCGCCCCGCCCCUUCCUCCUCCAAGUAAACAGAAAACACAGAGCUAAGAAGUGCUGUCAGCCGCCAUAACGGAGCCAAACGCAGGAGAGAAGAGAAAAUAAUGGCAUGAAACGCGACGGCGGGCGGUUAUAUCGGCUCUCCCGCGUGCGCUCGGCCCACUCGGAAGACCUCGGUGCCAGUCGACGGGAGAGAUGAAGGGAGAGGCGGAAGUGAAGUCACUUGACAGACCGUCCAUGUUAUUAUUGUUAUUUACGUAGCCUUGCGAUGAGACUGACCCGGGAGUCGUUGGUCUCCGAGACAGCGAGCGCAGGCGGAGCCGCACCACCCGCAUCCCCGAGUCCCCACUGACCCGGCGGCGGGAGCCUCGCUGGCGGCUGGGGGUGGAGGAGGAGGAGGAGGAGAAGAGGAAGGAGGGCGUGAAGACCCAGCUUCAGCUCGGCUCCGGCGCUCCGACCUGACAGAAAACGACCGCAACAGCCAGCAACCACUGGACCAACGGCUACGGCAGAGACGUGUCGCCGCAGACAUGAACGGCAUCACCAAGGGCCGGUUUGAGGUGUUCUCAAACAGCGAUGAAGCCCCCAUUAACAAGAAGCUCCCCAAAGAGCUUCUUCUUAGAAUAUUCUCUUAUCUGGACGUGGUUACACUCUGCAGGUGUGCUCAAGUGUCUAAGGCUUGGAACGUCCUGGCUCUAGACGGAAGCAACUGGCAGAAGAUUGACUUGUUCAACUUUCAGACUGACAUAGAGGGGCGGGUGGUGGAGAACAUUUCCAAGCGUUGUGGGGGCUUCCUAAGGCAGCUCAGCCUCAGAGGCUGCUUGAGCGUUGGAGAUGCCUCCAUGAAGACAUUUGCUCAAAACUGCAGAAACAUUGAAGUGUUGAAUCUAAACGGCUGCACCAAGAUAACAGACAGCACCUGCCUCAGCCUCAGCAAGUUUUGCUCCAAGCUCAGACAACUAGAUCUUACCUCCUGUGUGUCCAUCAGCAACCACUCCCUCAAAGCCCUCAGUGAUGGCUGCAGAAUGCUGGAGACGUUGAACCUCUCGUGGUGUGACCAAAUCACGCGGGACGGCAUUGAGGCCCUAGCAAGAGGCUGCAUGGGUCUACGAGCGCUGUUCCUCCGAGGCUGCACGCAGCUGGAUGAUGGCGCUCUGAAGCACUUUCAGAAACACUGCCCCGAGCUCACCACCAUCAACAUGCAGUCUUGCACACAAAUAACGGACGAAGGCCUGGUCAGUCUGUGCCGAGGAUGCCACAAGCUGCAGGUCCUGUGUGUGUCCGGCUGUGGUAACAUCACGGACGCCUCUCUCACCGCGCUGGGACUGAACUGUCCACGACUCAAGAUCCUUGAAGCUGCACGAUGCUCCCAUGUUACAGACGCUGGGUUCACUGUUCUUGCCAGAAACUGUCAUGAGCUUGAAAAAAUGGAUUUGGAAGAAUGUAUUUUGGUGACAGAUAACACCCUGGUUCAGCUGUCUAUCCACUGUCCACGUCUGCAAGCCCUGGUAAACAUUUAUACAUGCAGGUCUGAGUUUGCAUCAGGAUCUUUCUCAGGCUUGGAUCCGUGUGCAUGCGUCAUUAAAUUUGCAUAUCUUGUAUUUCUUCAACCGUGUCUCUCCUGCCCCUGGCAGUCCCUGUCCCACUGCGAGCUGAUCACAGACGACGGCAUCAGAGCCCUGAGCAGCAGUACCUGCGGCCAAGAGCGCCUCACGGUGCUGGAGUUGGACAACUGCCCCCUCAUCACUGACGUGACCCUCGAGCACCUGAAGAGCUGCCAUCGUCUGGAGCGCAUUGAGCUUUAUGACUGUCAGCAAGUCACCAGGGCUGGAAUCAAACGCAUCAGGGCCCAUCUACCAGAGAUCAAGGUUCAUGCCUACUUUGCCCCCGUGACGCCCCCUCCCUCUGUACACGGAGGUGGUCAACGUCUGUGCCGGUGCUGCAUCAUCCUCUGACAGUGGAGGGCCAGGGGGGGCCACCUCUGUCUCCAAGUCCUGCUGCUCUGAUGGGGGCUGACGGUUGUUUGGGGAUGGGGGAGGCAGGGUAGGUGGAAUAGGAGAGAGGAGGGGCUGGACCCACUCCUGACCCACUGCUCCUGAUCAAUACACAGACUGAUUCCCGCUGAUCCCUGAUCAGUGGACACCGCCCCUCCUCUCUUCUAUAGCUCACCGAUCAGUGUAGCAGCUAACUGGGAGGGGGCGGCAUUGGGGGGGGUUGGAGGAAAAAGAUGUGAAUGGCUGGACUUUCUCUCUUUUUCUCUCUCCAUAUCUCUCUUUCUUCCUGUGCAGACACAAACAGGUCGUUCUCUCUGUAAUGCUCCUCGCGUCCCUGAAUGGCCACCUGUGGAUGUAAAGGACGUCCUCUGCGCCCCAGGCAGGGAUGUCCGAACUCUCGAAACACAGCUGAUCGUUUUUCCAAGUUAAACCUAAGAGCGUGAUGAUGUUGUCGUGUCGAAAAACGACUCACAAUCUGUGGCGUAUCAUCUUGAACAAUAGCAUUUCUACGUGACCAUCCUGUGAACCCCUCUGCUCUGACCGAGAGGCAACAUGAAAGGAGGGGAGAGUUGGACUUCAGUUGAAAUGGACAUCCUCAGUGCAGCUUUGGCGCAGCAACCCCAACUUGGAACCAGACGAGACAUCUGUGGAGAUGAUAGACUUCUGCUCCAUCUUAUUUCUGUUUGUACAGAGAUGUUUUUGCAAUGGAAAAAAUUACACUCACAGCAACUCCUACAGAGACUCCGGGGGAAUCAAACAAAAUCAUUUUAUCCCCCCCCCACUGCUUGUUGUAAAUGCCCAUUCUUGACUAGUCAUAGAUGGGCCCGUGCUUGUCUUUCUUUUUGUCAUGUAAAAGAAAAACAGCGACUUUCGACGAGAAAGAAUUCAGACCCUCCAUGUCAAAAGGCAGUUGACACUUGAUGCUGCGGCGAUGAGAUGGUCUCUUUUGUGAACUGUGGUUGUGUCAGCUUGUAGGCCCUGAUCCAAUCCUGUCAAUAGCCCUGUUAACUAUAUCCUAUUUGACCACUUAAGCAUUUGUUUACAUCCCCAGAUGAAGUUAGCUCCACAACAAACCUGUUCCCGUCUGUCGCUUUCGAUUUAUCCAAGUAUUCAGCUUGAAUCUGAAUAGUUUAACAACCUUGAUACAACUGUGGUGCACCCACUGCUUUGUUGUCCAUUCAUAUUUCCUGCUGAGUGGAUCUACAAACCAAUUGGGGCCACUGCUCUUCUAACUUUGCUUAAAAAAGUCAAAUUCAAUUUUCUAUAAAUUAAAGGGACCUUGAGCUAAAGCACCUCAAGAUUCUGACAAUCACAUAAAUGUAUGUAUUUGAAAGUUUAUUUAAAAAUAGUUUUGUGAAAUUGAUGAUAUCCCUAAGCUGUUAAAUAUAAAUUUGCUUUUAUUCCACCCAAAUAGGUAAAUAGCCAGAGAAGCGCAUUCAUAUACAAUGAUUGUAUUAAAACAAUCUGGUCGAAUCUGCCAAUGAAAUUAAUAAAAAAAUAUAUCUUUACCAACUUUCCUUUUUUAUUUAUAGUCCAUAUAACAUUAAGUUAUAUGUACUGACUGAGAGGCCACACUAACAACAGUAUAAUUAGCUUAAUUGAUAAAUAGGGUCUAACAUCUGCCCCACAGUUUGACAUUUCAAGACAUGAUAGUACAACCAAAGGUGUGUACCAUGCAAACUGGGAAAUACUAAAUUGGGCUAAAUGAUGAGUAACUGUGGAGACUGGCAGGACAGUGGAUUGGAAAUAUUGCAAAGGAAGCAGGCAGUAAGAUCACCAAAGUCUGGUGGACAAAAGAUGCACAGCGAAGUUAACUGGCUGUGACUCUGAAGUCCCCUGACUACUGUUUUAACAGUUUUAUGUUUGAGAAAAUAAAUAAGUGAAAAAGGAGUAAAUAAAGAUUAACAAUACAACA